UCCAUCCCCGUCUCCAGUCCCCCCCUUUCUCUCUAUGUAUAUAUAUAAGCAAUGGAGCCUGAAACAGCGAGCGGGGUGGGCUCGCGGUGGCGGACGAUGCAGCGGCUGGGUGCGGCGGUUGAGGCGCGUCCGAUGGUAGUGUAGCUCUUAACAUUAACAUUAUUUGGUUUUACAACUUCACAGUAGUGUAGCUCUUUCAUGUCAUUUGUAAUCAAUUAUCUGUAUAAAUUUAUGGCUGAGCUCACCUAUAGGCUGUAGGUUGGCUGCCUACCUACUAAAACUCCAUAGUUUUACAACUUCAUAGUAGUGUGCAGUGUGGGCUUCUGCUACAACUACUAAAACUCACCACCAGCCAUGGCCUGGAAAAUGAAUGCUGCUUCAUUCAGCUCUCUCGCGGUCUUCUUCACCUCCAUGCUUUUUCUCCUGCUUGUGUGCUCUCGCUUGCACUUUUCAGAAGCUCAGUCCUCGGCUCAAAUCGUGAGCGGCCUUUCCUGGACCUUCUAUGAGUCCAGCUGUCCUAAGCUCGAAGACAUCAUCCAGAAACGCCUCAAUAAGGUCUUCAAUGAUGACAUCGGCCAAGCUGCCGGCAUCCUCCGCCUCCACUUCCAUGAUUGCUUUGUUCUGGGAUGCGAUGGUUCAGUAUUGCUUGAUGGAUCAGCCAGUGGGCCAAGACUGAGCAGGACACUCCUCCGAACCUGAGCCUAAGAGCAGAGGCGUUCAAGAUCAUCAACGAUCUUCGAGAGCGCGUCCACAAGAAGUGCGGCCAAGUCGUCUCCUGCGCCGACAUCACUGCCUUCGCUGCUCGCGACGCCGUUUACCUGGUAAAUUUCUUCCAAACAUGACGGGGUUAACUUGGAGAUGAAAAAAAUGAAGUUCUUAGUUCUUACGCUAUCUUCAAUAUUAAUUAAUUGAAGUAAAUUCAAGUUAGGAUCAAAUCAUACAUUAAUUCAUUCAUAAAUCAAGAAAAAAUAAAAUAAAAAAUGAAAUAUUCCACUUAAUUUGUAAUUUAGCCAAAGAAAAAAAAAACAAAUUCUUCCUUUAACAUAAUUUUUGUAUAUGUGUCUGUUCUAUAAAUAUCAAGUGCGGUGUGUGUGUU